AUGAGUUGGGCAAGAUCUUCAUUGUUUCUCGCGUGGCUCCUUUGGGCUGCCACGGUGAUCGAAUGUGCCAUUAACUUGGAUGGCACACAGGCUGUUGAUCCAGCAGGCGAAGAUGAUCCGUCACCUAUUAGUGACAUCAACACCUAUCAUCCUGAUCAACACGACUGCCCUCUGGUCUGUGCAGACUAUUCCAACAUUCACAGUUGGAUCCCUUAUCUGUCUGUGGAACGCCUUCACCGUUGCCCAGAUCCAAUGCUGCUUAAGCUCUCUGUUUCGCAGCCACUGGACCGGGCGGAUUCGACCAUCUUGAUUCGUAGCUGCACCAUCGAAUCCAAGUCGCGUUCUACCAGGAAGAACAUCACCACAACUGUUGAGAACCCCAAAAAGGACACCACCCUUUAUGAGGGAGGUAGUCUGAAGACCUCUGCAGCUUGCAUUGUCGGUGGCACCUUGGUCAAAGACAAGCUCAGUCUUGGUACCACCCGAACCUCCAGUGGCAAUAAGACUUUGAUUGCCAACACCAUGGGUGUUCUCCAGGGUAUGAAGGCGUACUUUGAUGAGAAGGACAACUGUGAUGAGAACUUCUUGUUCGCUUAUCAUCAAGAAGUUGUCGCCGGCUUAUAUAUUGGGGCCGGACUUGGCAAACGGACGGCUUCCUUGGCGCUUGACUCUCUUUCGCAGCAUCUUGGAAGCAUCGGCUCUAUCUCCAAUCAAACGUUGGUCCAACUCCAUGACUCUGGGCGCAAGCCUGAUCGUGUCUUUGGUAUCUUUGUGGAUACCACUGGUGACCUUCCCGCUGUUCAGAAGGCCACCUUGCGAUGGAGUCAGGGAUCUUCUGCUGUCGGCAGUGGCUUUGACCUUUCUCGAUCACUGUCAAAUGCUAAGGUCUACGAUAUAUCUGGUAUCACGGACUUCCCAGCUGCUGGUGAGCCAACACCAACACCAACACCUAUGCCCUCAACCUCGGUCUCAAAAGAGCCUACAGGCCUCACGAGGAGACUUGCAAGUUUCGUCAAUGCCAACAUCCUGCAAAAGCGUGCUGUCUGUAAACACAUUCCCGUUGAAGCAGGGGACAGUUGCGCAGCACUCACACGACGUUGCGGUAUCCGCGGAGCCGAUUUUGUAAAAUUCAAUCCCAAGUCCGACUUGUGUUCUUCUCUUGAAGAAGGGGAUCACGUAUGCUGCUCUGCCGGUGAUCCGUACAAACCUUCUGGGCCCAAACCUGAUCCUGAUGGAACUUGUGCUACUCACCUCAUCAAAGAACGGGAUACUUGUGCUGCCUUGGCCAAGAAGCACAGCGUUUCUGUCAAGGACCUUGAGAAAUGGAACAAGAACACUUGGGCUUGGACGGACUGCACCGACCUCCUUGUCGGUUACAACAUGUGCCUUAGCUCAGGAUUGCCUCCCAUGCCUCUGCCUCAGGAAGGCGCUGCAUGUGGUCCUUUGGUUCCGGGUACAAAGCGACCGACCGACAGUUCAGUAUCGCUCGCUGAUCUAAAUCCCUGUCCUUUGAAAGCCUGUUGUAGCAACUGGGGCUUUUGCGGCGUCUUUCCUGGUCAUUGUACUAUCAAUGAGCCCGAAAAGGGCGGCCCUGGAAGUAAGGCCAAAGGGUCUCAGAACACGUGCGUUUCCAACUGCGGGCACAACAUCAAGGAGAACUCUGGUCGCCCGAAGCAGUUCGGUAGGAUUGGUUAUUAUGAAGCCUUCAAUUUUGAUCGUGAGUGUUUGUGGCUAAAGGCAAGGAACGCUAACACAGACGGGUCUUAUACGCAUAUUCAUUGGGCCUUUGCUUCUAUUGACCCACAGACCUGGAAACCUGUGAUUAAACAGGGCAAAGACCAGUGGGCCGAUUUCAAGAAGCUUCCAGUGAAGCGUAUUAUUUCCUUCGGCGGUUGGGCUGACUCAACAGCCCCCGACAAGUACGCUAUUAUUCGCAAUGCUAUCAUCACCAACCGGGAGACAUUUGCUACCAACCUUGCCAAAUUCGCCAAGGAUGAGGGCAUUGAUGGUGUUGACAUUGACUGGGAGUACCCAGGCGCUGAGGAUAUUAUGGUCGGAGGGUCGCCAAUUGGGGCCAAGACAGAUGGCCUGAACUACCUGAGAUUUCUUACCACCCUGCGUCAGAAGCUUGAUCCGGAUAUGUCACUGUCCAUUGCAGCUCCAGCAUCCUAUUGGUAUCUCAAGGCGUUUCCGAUUGACCGUAUCUCUAGCGUUGUGGAUUACAUCGUCUAUAUGACGUAUGAUUUACAUGGACAGUGGGACUACGGCAAUCCAAACGCCUUUGAUGAAUGUCCAUCAGGCAAAUGUAUAAGAAGCCAUGUUAACAUGACCGAAACCCGAAACGCCCUCUCAAUGAUCACGAAGGCUGGUGUGCCAAACAACAAGAUCUUUGUCGGCGAGUCGAGCUACGGAAGGUCAUUUCACAUGGCCAAGGCCGGCUGUUGGAAGCCGACAUGCGAGUUCACUGGUUCUAAGGCACUCUCAGACGCAACUCCGGGCAGGUGCACUAAGGAAGGAGGUUACAUUUCCAACGCUGAGAUCCAAGAGAUCCUCCUUUCUGGCGAAGGUGUUGAGACCAUGUACGAUCGGACGUCUGAGUCGAAUAUCCUACUCUACAAAGGUGACUACGUCAGUUAUAUGACAGACAAUGACAAAUUGGAGCGACGAGUAAUCUGGACCGACUUCAAUUUUGCUGGCACUAUCGAUUGGGCGGUAGACCUGCAGAGGUUCGGAAAUGAGGACUUCAAUGCGGCCCCAUCUAUUCCAGAGUCUGGGUAUGGCUUCUGUCCUGAGUCGAUCUGCUCGUGCCAGGAAGAAGGCAAAAUCCGGAAGUUGCCCAAGGUCAAGAAUAAGGAUGAGGUGUGGGCUGAUGAUCCUUUCAAUGUUGAUCUGAACCGGCUGUGCAAGUUUGCAUGCAAAUACGGUUACUGCCCCUCCGAAGUCUGCAAGAGGAAGUCAUCAAAUUCCGGAAGUGUCGAUGUUGAUGUUGAUGAAACGAAUGGAGUGAUCACUGUCCCACCUGACUACGAUGAGGAUUCUGUCAAGACCCGAGACGAGAACGACCGGAUGUGCUACAUUUAUCGAGUUCCAAACGACAGGGAAGAAGGUUUGGAUUCGUGCAAGAGACAGUGCCAACCGACCCUCGACAAAGCCAAAGAAGAAGGGCGGACUUCUAACUACGGCUGUGUUUCUUGGAGGCCUUUGGAUGAGCCCGUCGUCUGGCAGAGGCAACCAGCAACUGGUUUGGAUAUCAUCGGUGGGCAAUGCAGUUGCGAUAACUAUUUGUUGAAUCUGGGUAUGGACAUGAUCGUCGAAGCACUUCCGGCUAUUGGACAGAUUGGAUGUUUUCUCUUGAUGUCGUCUGUCAAGUUGAUUCUUGACAUCGGGCUGGAAUUCUUUCCUGCUGGUCGGGCUUUUACCGCUGGAACAGCAGAUAUGUUGCUUACUGCGGCAGAGUUAAUCAACUAUGUCUAUCCUGAGGGCGAAGAUCCUGCUGGAGCUUUUGAGUGGUGGCUGAGUCCUUGUGGAGGUUCUGACCUUGUACCUGACGAGUUCAAGCAAGUCUUUGAUAUCCUCAGUCUGGUCCCGACCGGUCGUUCCAGUUAUAGAACUCCCAAGAACAUCAAGAAGGGUAGCGGCAAAAAGGGUGACGACGGGAACCCAACCGAUCGCUCUGCUCCUCGACCUAUCGGCGGUAAUAAACCUCCUGGCGGUGGGAAACCGAAUCCAACUCCGACGCCCAAGCCCAAGCCGUUGUGCACCGUCCCUCAGGCCUUGGAAACGCAACAAAUCGGUGUACCAUGUAACACCCUUCGGUUCGUCUCAUGCGAUAAAAACGACAAUACAGUGAUUACGGACAUGGUUAUCACUACCAUGACAUACGUGGCAAACGCCAAAACCACUGAUAUUACGAGAACCUGUAGGAAUGAGCACGAGCAGGCCUGCUACCACUACAGCUCCGCCAACAGCAAUAAUCCACACUGGUCAACAUUGCUAUGCCCACAGAGCGCAGCGAAACCAUCAAGGGUCCGAAAGGGCCCUAAGGCAACUUCAACGUGGGUUGCGGAGCAUAAAGGCGAAGGCUGGAAAGAUGAAAGCCUUCGGGAUACCAAAGACUGCGAUAUGGACGAAUGGCCCCCUGCUUAUCUGAUAGAAAAGGAUUCGGACACUUAUCAACAAGCUGGUAAGGACAGGAAGGGACAGCGAAUGCGUUUCCUGGACGCAGGACACAACAGAGGAGCUGCUUCUUAUUGGAGAGGUCUUUGCUUUGUUGACGCCAUUAAAGGAUUGACUCAGAAGGAAUUUCAUGAUAUGGUGAUGGCAGGCAAGAAGGGAAAGUGGGCGACGAACGGAAACCACAAGAAAACAAAUGUACAGGUCGAGAUCGACAUACGGCCACAGUUCAACUUGGUCUACGAGUUCGACCAGCCUGGAUUUGUCGGUAACAAACUCAGGGACGAUGGCAUUUGGGACAAUGGUUGUUGGCCAAAGAAGGCUGCCAAGUCUGACCCUGGAUUCGCCCUGUUGUCUUUGGACGAGUGGUACAUUAAGAAUCCGAAGGCGAAGGUUUGGGACUAUACUCAGAAGUACUUACCCAAACCGGGCCCUGGGGAAACCAAGAACGGUGACCCUUGA